CUGUUAUCAGGCCACACGGAGCGGAACAAGCCAAAAGCCAAGUCCUGGAGAUCCCAACACCCACGCCCUGGGCAGCUCUGCCCUCCGACCUCAUUUCCCCACGCUCCCCAGACCUCUGUGCUGUCCGUCCCCGAGCCUGGCGCUGGGUCCGUGAGGGACGGUGGCAGGGGGGACCCGGAAGAGCGCAGGAAACCUUACGCGGCGCUGCUUUCUGCGGGUUUCUGGAAUCCUCUGCGCAGGGAGCGGCCACACCCGCCAGCCGGGAGCAGCACUCGGAGGAGCAGAGUCAAGUUCAGCAGCUGUCUGGGGACCGAGGGGACGCAGUAUGAGACCAGCAGCAUGGACUUCAAAGUCGGGGCAGACGGGACGAUCUUCGCCGCCCGGGAACUGUGGCUCCCCUCUGAGGAGGUGGCCUUCACUGUGACCGCGUGGGACCACCAGAUGGCGCAGCGAUGGGACGCCCUGGUGCGGCUGCUGGUGGCCCAGACCUCGUCCCCCCUCUCUGGACACAAGAUGCCGCAGAUGCCUCAGAAAGGAAGGAAGACUCCAGCCCUGGACCUCACCCCGCCUCCCAGAGACGUGCUACUGCCGUGGCCCCAGCACCCACCUUCCAGUGGCCUGGGCCUGCGGAGGCAGAAGCGGGACUGGGUCAUCCCACCCAUCAACGUGCCGGAGAAUUCUCGCGGGCCCUUCCCGCAGCAGCUGGUGCGGAUCCGGUCCGACAAAGACAACGACAUCCCCAUCCGGUACAGCAUCACGGGCGUGGGCGCCGACCAGCCGCCCAUGGAGGUCUUCAGCAUCGACUCCAUGUCUGGCCGCAUGUACGUCACUCGGCCCAUGGACCGGGAGGAGCGGGCCUCCUACCACCUCCGAGCCCACGCCGUGGACAUGAACGGCAACAAGGUGGAGAACCCCAUCGACCUGUACAUCUACGUCAUCGACAUGAACGACAACCGUCCCGAGUUCCUCAACCAGGUCUACAACGGCUCCGUGGACGAGGGCUCCAAGCCAGGCACCUACGUGAUGACAGUCACGGCCAAUGAUGCUGACGACAGCACCACGGCUAACGGGAUGGUGCGGUACCGGAUCCUGACCCAGACCCCACAGAGCCCGUCCCAGAACAUGUUCACCAUCAACAGCGAGACAGGGGACAUUGUGACCGUGGCCGCCGGCCUGGACCGAGAGAAAGUUCAGCAGUACACAGUCAUUGUUCAGGCCACAGACAUGGAGGGAAACCUCAACUAUGGCCUCUCGAACACAGCCACAGCCAUCAUCGCGGUGACAGACGUGAAUGACAACCCGCCAGAAUUCAUCGCCAGCACGUAUGCAGGGGAAGUCCCCGAAAACCGGGUGGAGACCGUGGUCGCAAACCUCACAGUGAUGGACCGAGAUCAGCCCAAGUCACCAAACUGGAAUGCCGUCUACCGCAUUAUCAGUGGGGACCCCUCGGGGCACUUCACCAUCCGCACGGACCCCGUCACCAACGAGGGCAUGGUCACCGUGGUGAAGGCAGUGGACUACGAGCUGAACAGAGCGUUCAUGCUGACCGUGAUGGUGUCCAACCAGGCGCCUCUGGCCAGUGGGAUCCAGAUGUCCUUCCAGUCCACAGCGGGGGUGACCAUCUCAGUCAUGGACGUCAACGAGGCCCCCUACUUCCCCUCCAACCACAAGCUCAUCCGCCUGGAGGAGGGCGUGCCCCCGGGCACCGUGCUCACCACAUUUUCGGCAGUGGACCCCGACCGCUUCAUGCAGCAGGCCGUGAGAUACUCAAAGCUGUCAGACCCGGCCAGCUGGCUGCGCAUGAACGCCACCAACGGGCAGGUCACCACGGCGGCCAUCCUGGACCGCGAGUCCCUCUACACCAAAAACAACGUCUACGAGGCCACCUUCCUGGCGGCUGACAACGGGAUCCCCCCAGCCAGUGGCACCGGGACCCUCCAGAUCUACCUCAUCGAUAUCAAUGAUAACGCCCCCGAGCUGCUCCCCAAGGAGGCGCAGAUCUGCGAGAAGCCCAGCCUGGACACCAUCAACAUCACAGCAGCCGACGCCGACAUCGACCCCAAUGUUGGCCCCUACGUCUUUGAGCUGCCCUUCGUUCCCGCCGCUGUGCGGAAGAACUGGACCAUCACCCGCUUAAAUGGCGACUACGCCCAGCUCAGCUUGCGCAUCCUGUACCUGGAGGCGGGAGUGUACGAUGUCCCCAUCAUGGUCACAGACUCUGGGAACCCGCCCCUGUCCAACACGUCCAUCAUCAAAGUCAAGGUGUGCCCAUGCGACGAGAACGGCGACUGCACCACCAUUGGCGCGGUGGUGGCAGCUGGCCUGGGCACAGGUGCCAUCGUGGCUAUCCUCGUCUGCAUCGUCAUCCUGCUGACCAUGGUCCUGCUGUUCGUCGGGUGGAUGAAGCGGCGGGAGAAGGAGCGCCACACAAAGCAGCUCCUCAUCGACCCGGAGGACGACGUGCGCGACAACAUCCUCAAGUACGAUGAGGAGGGCGGCGGCGAGGAAGACCAGGACUAUGACCUCAGCCAGCUGCAGCAGCCGGAGGCCACGGAGCACACGCUGAUGUACCCGGUCAGGCCUGUGGUGCCCCACCCAGGGGACAUCGGAGACUUCAUCACCGAGGGACUUCGAGCGGCAGACAACGACCCCACAGCGCCCCCCUAUGACUCCCUGCUGGUCUUCGACUAUGAAGGCAGCGGCUCCACCGCGGGCUCCGUCAGCUCCCUAAACUCAUCCAGCUCCGGGGACCAAGACUACGAUUAUCUGAACGACUGGGGGCCCCGGUUCAAGAAGCUGGCGGACAUGUACGGAGGUGGCGAGGACUGACAGACCUCUCCCCGGACCAAAGCCGGACCAGCACUCGGAGGGACAGACGGACAGACAGAGGAGCAGGACUGGGGGAGGCCACUGGUCCUCCCGACUCCCUGCAGACACGUCAUUUAGUGGUGUGCCAGGGGGUCUCCCCGCCCCAGCCCCCCAACAUUGAGCUGUCUGGCAUGAACACUUCUCGCCGCCGCCCAUCACGGGAGCUGACAGUCACUAAAGGAAGCGAGAGGCACUGAGUCCUGACUUGAUCUUAGAACAGAAGCACUGCUUAAAAAAAAAAAAAAAGUGCCUUUUGGUACAUGUAUCGGUUUCCCUCAAACUCAGGAGUGACUGAAGCAGACAGACCAAGCCCCCCACCCCAGCCCCAGCACCUACCCCAGCUCUUCCUAGCUCCGAAGGCACCAAUUUAGGAAUCAGGAGAAUGUGUUUCUCUUUUUUUUUUUUUUUUUUUGGCCUUUUAUGAAGGAAAAAAAUGGGUGACUCGCUUGACAAAAUUUACAAAGAAAACAUAGUUUGGGAUCCAAAUCCCAACAGCUCAAGUGUUGCCUCAUGCAGCCUGGGUCUCCUGGACCCCUUGGGGUGCCUGAGGCCAGGGGGGCGGGGAGCCCAGCUUCGGCUCCUGCGGCUGUGUUCCCCGGGCACGCCAGAGCCCGUGACCAAAACCGCUGUGUGAGCAUGGCUUUCAUUGUGGCCCAGCCGUGCACCCCCCUCCCAAGAUGCUUAAAUAACUGGGCGGGUGAGGUUCCCAGGGGCCAUCUCUGUCCUUGGCUGUCUCCCCGGGUGCCCCUGGUCAACCAUUAGGCUCCCCCACCCCGAACACCAGCCAGGCUCCCACUGCCUUUGGUCCAGGAAAGUAUUGUGUCCCAAGAAGCCACAGCCCAAACCAUGGCCUGAGCCCUCCUCCCCUCCAGACCAAACCUUGUCACAGGCCCAGCGAGCACCCACAGCACAGCCCAGGCCAUGCCCGGGGCUGUGCGGACUCCAAGGCAGAGGCAGCCUCUGUCCCUGCCCCACCAUGCGCAGUCAGAGCUCUCACUUGCUGAGCGGCGUGGACGGCCGGGACCUGCUUGGAAUGUCCUGAGAUGCAGCUGGGUGGCACCUGCUGGAGACAGCAGACCAUCCUUCCUCUGGACCGGGUCGCGCCCAGCAGCUGAAACCGCCCUGCGAGUACCAGUCUGACUCAGUCCAGAGGCCGGGGAGUCAGUUCUGCGGGAUGGACAGUGACGGGCGGUGUUCCAGGGCCCUGGGGGGACCCCGGCUGCAAUCACGCUGAGUGAGAAGCAGCCCCUGGGGCACCCCUGGAUGUGAAGGCGCCUCCGGCCGGCAGGAGACAGGCACCCUCAAGGGGGACCCUUGUGCUUGGUCCACCUCAGGCUCCCCGAGGAAGGGGGAAGGGUGCCACUGGCCUGGGCAGGACUUGGCAUCAGGGCCCCCUGGGGGAGGGGAGCCCCAGCUGACCAAGGACAAGGAAGCUGGCCUGCUCCUGGGAACAGGGAGGAGCCUGGGGAAGUUGGGGUGCAGCAAGGCAAGUGUUCCCCCUUCUCCACCUGGGGUCGUUGAGUCGUUCCUCCUCCUAUGGCCUGUCCCCGUUCAUGGUCACCCUCUUUUCAGAACAGCUUUGGCCUUGAAGGUGAACUUGAGUGCUCAUGGGCAUGUCCCCAUUGGACAUCAGGGUUCUUCCCCAAACCACACUCACCAACUCCGUCCAUUCUCCCAGAGCCGAGCUGGGCUGCAGCUGCAGCCUGUCCCACGAAGGGCUGCGUGGGCUCUGUCCCUGACCCGUCCCUGGCUGCCCAGGGAGGGAGGUCACUGUGUCACAAGCUGGAAGUCAGGGGGUGACCUUCCAAGGGGAGGGGACCAGGCCCCCGGUCCUGAGCCUGGCUAUGCAGAGUGUCGGGUCGGGGAGAGAACUGCCCCGUGUCUGCAGCGUGGCCACACGAGAGCGUGGUGGUGGGGUCAGGGCUGGUAGGAAGUGAGCUGAGAUGUUGUUUUUGUUUCUUUGGGGAAAGUGCAUCCUUCAGGCGACGUGCUAAGUGUGACUGUGGCUCUCCAGCUGAGGCAGCUGUGGGCCCCUCCCUCCAGCCGAGUCCUCCUGGGCCCCCAGGGUUCACCUCAGGGAUGGCGGUGCCCAGCCAGCCCAGGACUCAGCAGCCCGUGCACCGACCCACCCCUCCUUUUCACCCUUCCUGUCCCUCUGCCCCGAGGUGGAUGUCCGUCUCUUGUGCCUCCUUCCGGCUCCUUCCCCUCCCCCUGCCUCUUGUUACUGCCAGGCCCCUGGUUCAUUUUGCCUAAAUCCUGCAGGCUGAGGCUGCAGCAGCCUGCUGGGGACGUCACAGGGGCCUUCCCAUGCCUGUCCCUGCUCCCAGACAGCGGGACAGCUGUGCCCUCUCCCUCCCACCCCGGCAGCCCCCGGGGGCCAAAGAAAGAUGGGUGCCCACCCCCUCCCAGAUCCAGAUCCAUGCUGGAACUCUUCUGAGGCCAACGAGUUAGCAUUAGCUAAGCGUACAAUCGGUGUCGAACGUCUCUUAUGUAGCUUACAGAUUUGGCAUGUCCAUGACCAGGGAGCUGGCCUGGGCCCGGACUCAGCGAUGGCCAAGAGCUGGGGCGUGGCUGGUUACUGGGGGAGUUUUGUUCUGUGAGCAGGAGAGUCCAGUGCUGCAGGGCAGUGUCAGGAGGCCCUGACCUUGGUCACUGGCACCCCAGUCCAGGGCCGCCAUGUUUGCCAAGCAGGUCUGCGCUUCCUCAUGUCCUUCAGCACAUCCGAAGUGUCAGGCUGCCAGGCCCGGAGACCCCCAGUGAGAGCACAGCCCACACAGGCCCCGGGAGCACAGCUCUGGUAGAAGCUGGGGAGGGAGCAGUCGGUGCUCACAGGAAUAGCACCGCAACCACGACAAAGCCUCGCGCGCACAGGGCGUCCCGGGACGCAGCUCGCGCACCGUGGUGUACAUAGGCGGCCCGGUGCCUCGCUGGGCCACAUCUCUGUGCAACUGGAACGCGUUCUGCUUUCCUUUCUCCUUCUUCAUUCGGGUUCUUUUUUUGCAUGUUUCUUUUGAAAAGGACAAAACGUGUAGCAGCCCGCAUGACUGUGGUUGUUUUGGCGAAAGAUACUGGAGUGUGAUGUAUUCGCGCUGCAACUCUGAGCAUUGCGCAGUGAGACAAACGUUCCGACUUCUUUUGUAAUCGUCAACAGCACAACUAUUUUGUAUUGUUGUUUGUAUCAUUUUGUACCAAAAAAAAAGAAGAAAAAAAAACAGGAAAAAAGGGAAACGCGUCGAUGUUUUCAGUGUUUUCAGUGCAGCGGCGAGUCCUGCUGCCGAGUGAGGAGCAGUGCACGCUUGUCCCGCAGCGUCCGGGCGCCGCACGCUGCUCUGAGGAGUGAAUAAA